CGUCUCUCGGUCGGCUCAACAGAAAAUGGUGUCACCUUUAAGGAGCUUGAAAAGUGGAGCUUAUUCCCUUUAAAUCUGACCUUCUAUCAGGCUGUUUCCAGUCGGAUCCACUCAGGAACUGUGAGGUGCAGAAAGCCUCCUACCUGUCCAGCCUCCAUCAUGUCUCCACCUGUUCGUUCACGUUGAUGCGUCCGCCGGCGCUCUGCAGCAGAAGACGGCUGGAAAUGAGCACGCACAGGUGGCCCAACAUCUCCAGGAGGCGGCGCUGCUGAGACGGGAUCGCUUGGUGACGAUCGAGAGUCCGCCGCCGCCAUGGACGAGUUCUCCACCAGGACGUACGGCACCAGCGGCCUGGAUAACAGACCUCUGUUUGGAGAGACGUCUGCUCGGGAUCGGAUCGUCAACAUGGUGGUAGGAGGCUUUACGUCUGUGGUUGUUCUGGUAACGGUGAUCGGCUCGUUUGUGUUCCCCUCGUUGACUCCGCAGCCGCUCAACAUCUUCUUCGCAGUGUGCAUCCUGCUGGCGUGUGGCUCUACCAUCGUUCUGAUCUUCUGGUACCGACAGGGCGACCUGGAGCCCAAAUUCAGGAAGCUGAUCUACUACAUGCUGGCCACCAUCAUGCUGCUGUGUUUAUGUGCCAACCUUUACUUCUUCGACGUCAGGUAGAGGAGGAGCGGACGGCGCGGCUCUGACUGACGGAUGGCGGUCCGGCGUGGACAGGCGGACCGACACGUGACCAAAAAGAGACUCGUUUCCACCGAGAGGCUUUCUGGGACCAAAAUGGAGAGAUUGAAAGUUUCCAGAAGGAGGGAUUUAUGUCAGCACACUAAAGGUUCAGAAAGGGGCCAUGAAUCAGCCUGGGGAGGACGAAGCAGGCUUGUUUACAUGCAAAUAAAAGAUAACAGUGACUUAAUUGGCAUCCCGACGCUCCGGUGAGGAUCCAGGAGAAGGAAAGCUGCCCUUUCAUCCGGAUACGUCCAUUUUUCUGGGAUGGUUUCCGUUUUAGCUGGGCUGACUCAUCUGAAGGCCAGAGGACUCAUUCAGGCUGGAUUAUCACUACUCAGGGAGGAGGAGGAGAACCUAAUCUCCUCUAAGGCACGGAAAUCAAGGGUCUGGACUAAGAUAAGCCUCCAGCAGGGGGCGCCAGAGUCACAGUGAUAUAAAACAAGCUGAAUGAUAAAUGGAGUCAAUUAUUUUUGUCUACUAAUGUGAUGAAGAGUUAAAAAGUGAUUUGGUUUUCAGUGCAGAUUGAUAAAAAGUGAAGCCGAAGUCCCGAUCAGCUGCCUACAUUUCUAUAUGUUCAAAUUUACUCUUGGAUAUAAAUGACUUUAAACUAAACCGUGUCCUUUGGAUUUAACAGCUAGUGGUGCGUUCAGGGGAGGCUCUAUGGUCAGGAAACCUCAUGUUCUAAACCUCAAAGCUUUAUUUAGUUAAAUGGUUUUAACUAGGGCUGCAACUAAAUAAUG